AUGCCUGAACAACGGCAGCGCAGGGAUGAGCCCGAACAGCAAGGUGUGCGUAUGCCAAACAUCCACAUGGUGAUGGAAUUACAUGCUGACAGACAGGCGUCACUUCCACAGUCCGGCCUCAAGGGAGCCAUGCAGGGUCUGGCUUUCUUCAUGCUGAUCCAAUUUAUCGCCAGCCAAUUCUUAGGGGGACGACAGCAGAAUACUACUGUCGGUGGAAAAUCCGGGGGUGCGAUGGAUUUCAUGACUCGUCCGGCGCGUAGCGAAAUCGAGAACUACAGCCCUGUCCCAGAUGUGGUGGCCCCGAUAUGGCCUGUAGACAGUCUCUUAGAUAUGUACAUUUACGUGUCACCGUCGGUCGUGCUUCCGCCGUUCAAGUCGCUUCCAUCGAGCUCUCUUGUGCUUGCGGAGAAGAACUUCACGCUUGGGAAUUACAGCGACACUAGGGAGAUCGACACGACGAUUAAGGUCCCCAAGGAAGUCCAACAGAACGGGACUUUUUUCGCGCACUUCUUUGUCGGUCUCUCUGGGAACCAACUGGACCCAACAGCCAAGGACUACAGCACGGAUAAAGCGGUCCACUUCUUUCGCCCUCUUAACCAGUACCUUCCCAAGAAGAAAGCUAAGAAGCUCAAGAACCUCCUUGCCCCCCUGGAAGAAAAGGAGGAAGAUGAUGAUGAUAGCACACCGGACGUCUCGACCGUGUCCUACUACCAUCCCAACUUCACGGUAUCUUUGAUCCCUGACUCCGGAGUCCAAAAAUACCGCCAGUUGCAUCCCGCUGUCCGACAGUAUGUGCAGCUCGAGGCAACGGGUGCACGAGACAUCUCGGGGCAGAACGGAUGGUACUAUCCGAUCGUGUAUCUGAACACAUUCUGGCAGCUGAGGAGCCACAUGAUGGAACUCAACUCUACCGUGCAGACGGUGCCUAUGCACUUGACCCUCAGCAACCUGCAGAAUUGGAAGUUCAGCAUGAUGGCAAGCGUCGACGAGAGCUCGAAGCAGACUGCCCGGCAAGCCGCAUAUGGGAUGACCACGCCUGGUGGUGGCGAUGGCAGUGAGUUUGAGAUGAUCAAGACGGUCCUCCUAGAUACGAACAUAUACCUGCUGGGCACGACGGGCGUUGUCACGAUUCUACACAUGGUCUUUGAGAUGUUGGCUUUCAAGAAUGAUAUCGCUCACUGGCGCAAAAAGAAGGAUGUUGUCGGAACGUCCGUCCGGACCAUCCUGGCCAAUGUCUUCAUGCAAAGCGUCAUCUUCCUGUAUCUGAUGGAUAACAGCGACAACACCUCGUGGAUGAUUCUUGCCAGCCAGGGCUUUGGGAUUCUCUUGGAAGCGUGGAAAAUUACGAAGACGGUAGAUGUGCGCUUACGUCCGCCACCAGCGGGCUCCUUUUUCUCUUUGCUGCCGUACGUCAUUGCCUUCGAAGACAAGCACAAGCUCAGCGAUACGGAGCAGAAGACCAAGGAGUACGACGAGAUUGCGUUCCGUUGGCUCUACAUAAUCGCCGUGCCCCUCUUGGCUGGAUAUGCGGCAUACAGUUUGCUCUACAACACGCACAAGUCGUGGUACUCCUACGUCAUCGAGACGCUUGUCGGUAGCGUCUAUGCCUACGGUUUCUUGAUGAUGGUUCCUAGCUUGUAUAUCAACUACCGCUUGAAGUCCGUCGCUCAUAUGCCAGGCAAGGCCUUAAUGUACAAGUUCCUCAACACGUUCAUCGACGAUCUCUUUGCUUUCACUGUGAAGAUGCCGUGGCUUCAUAGACUUGCAACACUCCGGGACGACGUGAUCUUCUUCGUUUGGCUCUACCAGAGCUGGAAGUACAAGGUUGACUUCAAGCGUGUGAACGAAUUUGGGCAGGGAGGCGACAGUGACGCCGAAGAGCAGGAGCCUGCUAAGACCGAGAAGACCAAGCCAGAGACAUCAUCCCAGGCGUCUGGGAAUGAAACUUCUAAAUCCUCUACUCGGAAGAGGAAGUAA